AUGCCCGCGUGGAGCAGCGCCGGCCCGGGCCGCCCGCAGCCCUCGGCGGGGCCCUGCCCACCCACCGCCGCCACCGCCGCCCCCCAGCCCCGGGACCGGCCACACGCCCCCACCUCCGUCUAUGCCGCCUUCAAGUAGACGGAGCAGCUGGUCACCCUGUGGAUUCUCUUUGUCGUGACAGUAAUUGGAAAUUCCAUCGUCCUGUUCUCUACCUGGAAGAGGAAGCGGAAAUCCCGCAUGACCUUCUUCGUGACCCAGUUAGCUAUUGCAGAUUUAUUUACCGGACUCGUCAAUAUCCUGACAGAUAUCAUCUGGCGCCUCACUGGAGAUUUCAUGGCCCCCGACCUGGUGUGCAGAGUCAUCCGCUACCUGCAGGUGGUGCUCCUGUAUGCUUCUACAUAUGUCCUGGUGUCCCUCAGCAUCGACCGCUACCACGCUAUUGUGUACCCCAUGAAGUUUCUCCAAGGGGAAAAGCAGGCCAGAAUCCUGAUCGCAGUGGCCUGGAGCCUUUCUUUCCUGUUCUCGAUUCCUACUCUGGUCAUCUUUGGGAAGAGGCAUCUGGCCAACGGGGAAGUGCAGUGCUGGGCCCUGUGGCCAGACGAGUCGUACUGGCUUCCCUACAUGAUGGUCGUGGCCUUCCUGGUCUAUUUCAUCCCCUUAGCCAUCAUCAGCACCAUUUACUUCCUGGUGAUCCGGACCCUAUGGACCAAGAGCCAAGCCCAGGAGAUGGUGAUUUCCAAGUGUUCCGAUGGAAAAUUUUGCACCAGCUACAACCAGGGGCUCAUCUUAAAGGCUAAAAUAAAGGCCACCAAGUACAGCAUCGUGAUUAUUUUCGCUUUUGUGUGCUGCUGGAGUCCCUACUUCCUCUUUGACAUUUUGGACAAUUUCAACAUCCUCCCUGAGACCCAGGAGCGUUUCUAUGCCUCUGUGAUUAUCCAGAACCUCCCAGCCUUGAACAGCACCGUGAACCCCAUCAUCUACUGCAUCUUUAGCAGCAGCCUGCGCCAAGCUUUCUGGGAGAGGAGGCCGAAGCCCUCAGAGGGGACGUUCCGAGGCCGCAGCGAAAAGCACGAGAUGCACGUUCGGCCUCACCCCGAGUUCAUCUAG